UGGGAUGAUAGAUGAUUUGGUUUGUUUCACCCAUGAUGCUGUGAUGUGCAAUGUGCCAUUGCAAGUUGGACAAAGAGUCAUAGCUCUUGUAGAAGAGGAUAAAACCACUAAUGGAUUAAAGGCAAUCAAGGUUCAGAUUUCCAGUGUUUGUGGAAGAAUUGGUGUGGUAGAUAACAGUGUGUUUUUCACUCUGGAUUCAUUGAUACUUCCUGAUGGUUAUAUGCCCCAUAGGAAUGAUCUGGUCAAUGUGGUUGUGGUGGAGAGUAAUCAGUCAUGUUAUAGUUGGAGAGCGCUUUGCAUGAGUCCGUCAGAAAAUAACAGGACGUCUUCAGCCAAUGGAGUGAACUUGAAUGAGCCAUAUGAAAACUUAUUGAAGGACAAAGGAGGUCUCUGGGUGUCAAAAACAACAGACUUUGGAACACUCAAACUAGGAGAGAAGAAAAGCAUGGAAGUCUGGAUUGAGAAUAAAGGACAAGGAACACACUGUUUAAUUAGCUGCAAAUUAGGUGGCUGGGAAAAAGAGAAACAAUUUUGUCUUCAAAUGCCAAGAGAAGACCACAAGAAUUCUUCAGCUUCUCUAACAUCAGCUAUUACACCAAAAGUGGAUCUAAAGAAAAUUGGAGACCAGGAUAAGUCCAUUAUUGGAACAGCUGAAAAACUAAACAACGAAAAAGAAGUUAUAAAAGGAAAAACAGGGCCCAGUAUAGAGAUUUCUCUGCCUCCUGGUACAAAGACUUGCAUAGUGAUUUUAUGCACGGCAAAAAACCUGGGUCGUUGCAAAGAACUUCUGUUGCUCUGUUUUUCUGACUGCAUUAUUGGGCGCUACAUUGAAGCAACUAUUGUAACUGCGGAAGAGUUGCAAAUAGCAGCUACUGAGCCUUUUUGCCCAAGAAAACCUCAAAUUACUCCAGAGUUCCAGUAUACAAAAGCAAUUGUGUCUUUACCAGACGUAAAAAGAAAGUCAAGGAGACAGCUACCAAGCUUCAUUCCUCAUUAUCCUGUUCCAGAUAGAUUAAGGAAAUGUGUGGAAAACAGAUGGGAUGUUUUGAUUUUCGAACCACAUCUUGGAGAGGGCCUCUGUCUAGCUAACUAUAAAGCAUUUUUUUCUACACUGCUGUGGCUUGAGGAAAUCCAUGAAGAGAUGGAAGUGAAGAGUUUUGCCCUGUGCGGAGUCUCUUUGAAAAGAAAUGGGAACUUCCUAGUUCUUGACGUGCCUGGGGUCACAGAGGGUCGCCCUUCUUUAUGCACAGGUGACAAGGUGAUAUUGAAGACCCAAGAUUACUUGGAGCAAAUAAGUUAUAUUGCAUCUGUCACUGAGAUUCAUGAAGAAGAAGUUACUCUAAACCUUAACCCAGAGUUUGAACAGGCUUAUAAUGGUGAACCCAUGGAUGUGGAGUUUACAUUUAGCAGGACUUCUACCAGGAGGUGCCAUUUUGCAGUAGAACAAGCCAUCCAUCUGCACGAAAAGGUUUUAUUUCCAGACAGUCUUGCAGUGCAGUCUCCUCAAGUUGUCAAGCAGUGGUGUGAUUCAGAGUUUACUGGCAGCACUGAAAGACAGAGCAUCCCACAAGAAGAUGAGUCUGAGAAGGAACUCCGUGGUAAUAGAGAAAGGCUUCCAAAGGAGAACAAGGCAGCAGUUGUGCCUGGUAUGGUUACUAUUGCCACACAAACAAUGAAUGGCUCAGCAACUUCUCAGCCAAGCGAUGAUGACUUCUUCAAUCCUUUUCUGAAUGAGCGUCAGAAACUAGCAGUGAAAAGAAUACUUAGUGGUGAAUGUCGUCCCAUGCCUUAUAUUAUUUUUGGACCACCUGGAACUGGCAAAACUGUAACAGUAAUUGAAGCAGUUUUACAGGUACAUUACAAUUUACCAGACAGCCGAAUCCUAGUUUGUGCAUCAUCAAAUAGCGCAACAGAUCUGAUUUGUUUACGACUUCAUGACAGUAACAUGUUAAAGCCCGGAGCUAUGGUCAGAGUGAAUGCGUCCAGCAGAAAUGAACAGUGUCUGAGCGAUGUAAUAAAGCUUUACUGCAAAGAUGGAGAAGACAUUUGGCAAGCAUCUCGGUUUAGGAUCAUUGUCGUCACGUGCAGCAGUGCUGGAAUGUUCUACCAAAUAGGAAUAAGGGUUGGACACUUCACACAUGUAUUUGUGGAUGAAGCAGGCCAGGCAAGUGAACCUGAAUGCCUAAUCCCAUUGGGGUUGAUUUCUGAAAUCAACGGACAGAUAGUGCUUUCGGGUGAUCCAAUGCAGUUAGGCCCAGUCAUAAAAUCUAAGAUUGCUGCAGUUUAUGGAUUAAACGUUUCCCUGAUGGAAAGGCUGAUGUCUCGGCCUUUGUAUUUGAGAGAUGAGGAUGCUUGUGGGUCAUAUAAUCCUCUAUUGGUUACUAAGCUUGUGAAGAAUUACAGGUCUCAUGCUGCACUGAUAGCAUUGCCAUCUAAGCUCUUUUACCACAAGGAGCUAGAAGUCUGUGCUGAUCCUUCAGUGGUAAACUCUUUGUUGGGGUGGGUGAAGUUGCCAAGGAAAGGUUUUCCACUAAUUUUUCAUGGAGUGAGGGGCAAUGAAAUGCGUGAAGGCCACAAUCCCUCUUGGUUCAAUCCUACAGAAGCAGUUCAAAUACUACGUUAUUGUUGCCUUCUUGCUAAAAGGAUUAGCCAUACAGUGUCAGAAGCAGACAUUGGAGUAAUUGCGCCUUAUCGUAAGCAGGUGGAAAAAAUUAGACUUCUCUUGCGUAGUGUGGAUCUGGCAGACAUCAAAGUUGGAUCUGUAGAGGAGUUUCAAGGGCAGGAAUUCCUAGUGAUCCUCAUAUCAACAGUCCGGUCAAAUGAAAGCUCACUUAAUGAGGAGAGGUACUUUUUGGGCUUUCUUACUAAUCCAAAGCGCUUUAACGUAGCAAUUACCAGGUCCAAGGCACUGCUGAUUAUAGUGGGAAAUCCUCAUGUGCUCGCCAAAGAUCCUUGCUUUAGUACUUUCUUGGACUACAGUUUGUCCAAUGGAGUUUACGUUGGCUGUGACUUACCACAAGAGCUGCAAAGUCAAAAACAGUGAAUCUCUUUCAGCAAUGCUGGACAAGGAAGAAGUGAGACUA